AUAAUUUUCAACUUUCUUGAAUGUUGGUGGUGUGUAAACAACAACAGUUUAGUUUCGGAAAAUUAAUUUUAUUUGCUUACAACUCGAGAAGAAGAAGUAAGGACGUAUUUUAUUAGUAGUUUCAUUGAAGCAAAUUUGUUGUUGUUUUCUAUAAUGAAUUGUCAAGAAGAGAAUAGUUUAGCGGAAAAAUCGAUGGAACAAUAUGAUGAUGAUAAUUCUGUAACUAUGAUUGAUGUUCUACAAGAGGAGAAUCAACUGGAAGAAGACGCGAAUGCUGUUUUAGGACCAGCUGAUGACAAAAACUGCACUUAUAGUCAAGGUUACAUAAGGCAAGCACUUUAUGCUUGCAAAACUUGUUGUUCUACUGGCGGAACACGAGCUGGAGUUUGUUUGGCUUGUAGUUUACAUUGUCAUGAAGGUCAUGAAUUGAUUGAAUUGUAUACUAAAAGACAUUUUAAAUGUGAUUGUGGAAAUUCAAAAUUUGCCAAUAAUAAAUGCAGUUUAUAUCCGGUAAAGUCGAAUUUGAAUGAAGAAAAUAAGUAUAAUCAAAAUUUUGAUGGUGUUUAUUGUACUUGUAUGAGACCUUAUCCAGAUCCUGAAGGAUUAGAUAAUGAUGAGAUGUUACAAUGUACAAUUUGCGAAGAUUGGUAUCAUUCCAAACAUCUUGGACGCUGUAAGCCCGAAGAAAAUUCAUAUGAUGAAAUGGUUUGCGACAUUUGUAUGACAAAAACUCCCUUUUUAUGGAAUUAUGCGCCAAAAUUGUCAGUAACCAAAAAUAAUGAUAUUGAUGAAACAAUAACAAAUGAAGAAAAAGUUGAAGUGGAGGAGGUAACUUUAAAUAAAUGUAUGAAACCAUCAUCAUCAUCAUCAACAAUCACAUCUAAAAAAGAAGAAGGAUGUUGUUUCUGGAAAGAGGGUUGGAGAUCUUCUUUAUGCACUUGCGAAGAAUGCAAAAUGGUCUAUGUGGAAAACAAAGUCGAGUUUUUAAUAGAUAAAGAAGACAGUGUACAAGUGUACGAAGAAUCGGGUAAAAUAAAGAAUAGAGAGUCACAUUAUGAGAUGGGAAUGAAAGCCUUGGCUUCUCUGGAUCAUGUACAACAGGUCACUGUAAUUGAAGAAUACAACAACAUGAAAGAAAGAUUAAAAGAAUAUCUACAAAAGUUUGCAGACAAUAAGAAGGUUGUUCGAGCAGAGGAUAUUCAAGAGUUUUUUUCUGAAAUGGAACCACCAAAUAAACGUCAAAAAAUUGUAGUACAAAAAUUCUGCCGAUGAAAAAAUAAGGACAUUUAAAACAAAAAAAAUUUUAUACACAAUUUUUUGUUUGCGAAAUACGACAAAUUUAAACAAAUAUUCAAUUAUUUAAAAAUUUCAAAUUAACCGUAAAUUAUAAAAUGACACAAACUGUUUACGCUUUUUAAAAGAUUUUAGAAAUAAAAUAUUCAUGUAUAAUCUA